GAGGGAGGCUCAGGCCCAGGCCCAGGGCCAAGGAGCUGCAGAGAGUGGCAGGAAUCCAUUUCAAUCCUUGCAAGUUGCAGCACAAGAAAGCCAUUGCAGGGCGAUCCUGCAAGAGAGCAGCCUCAACUCGAAGAGAUCAUCUAUCCCCGACAGAGCAUUGCUCACUGUCGAGACAGUUUCUUUCGGCCCAGUUUGCGCUGGCUCCACUCUUGGCAGGAAGAAGCAAGAGGGAUGUCAGUACUUAGCUGCUAUGUCAGGGGUGCUUCUUUUGAAUAAUGUGGAGAGACUGAAUCAGAACCAGCUUCUCCAAUGCUGCGUCUCUACUAGGAACAUGAACGAGUGAAGACAUAGAGGAAAUUCUGUGGCCGUUGAAACUCUCUCCAAAAGGGGGAAGUCUCAUGGAGUCCACUCCGCACCCAAACAGCAGUAGGCAAAAAUUUUGACUCCUUGGCUCUGCGACGUACUGCUUUCGCCCCAGACAUACUUUCGUCUCCCAAAGCAGACGCUAGUUUCUUGAUUUUUUGUCUCAUAGCUGGCCAUGUCCGAAGAGGUUUCUGCGGCGGUGCGGGAGGAUUGGGACAACAGGGAGUUCGCCGACCAAUUGAAGCUAAGCAUUGCGCAGCUGUUUGAGUUCCUGGCGCGCUUUGAAGCGUCUACGCGCGACCGGUUAGCCCAGCUGGCGGAGAAGAUGACGUCACUUGAGGGGAAGAUGGAGCUGCUGGAGGCGCAGCAGCAGAGCCUCGCUGCGCCACCCAGGUGACGUCACGUUCUGAGCGGAUUUUAAAAGCAUGCGAGUUGCGGUCUUCCGCCUCAAGGAAUUAUGGAGUGCCUGUGAAAGAAAGCUCGAGUUAGGAGACGGCCAGUAGACCCCAGCACGCUUCCUUUGGGGUGUCUUCGAUCUCGACAUGCUGAGACUUUAUUCAGGGCUUGUAAGAAGCUUACUUACACCUUGGGGGUAUCUAGAAGAGUCGUCUCACGACGGUUCCUGAGCGGGAAGCAUUACACUUGAAUAAGUGGACCUGUCGCUGUCAUUAGAUGUACACCAUUCUGUCUUAGAAAUACAUGGAAGCGAAGGGGUUUGGUCGGGUCGAGGCCCGCCUUCCUCCUUGUGAACGCGAGUUGACCCGAACGUCAAUCGCAGCGCAACCGAAUAGCAUUCUGUAACAAGAUCUAGCCAUUAGGGCCGAAUGUGGCGGCCAAGUAGAGCCGAGACAUCAGGUAGAGUCGACAAAAAGUCGUCGUUAGCGUGCUAACUUAGAUGCUGGCUGUAAUGACUGGCUUUCCUAUUUCACAGCCAAUGGCGGCGCUAAGGACUGUCGCGUAUGAGUGAAUUGGCGCACACUCACCACAUUGAGUCGACAUCUUGACGUUCCAAAGUUUUUCCGAACAACCGCCC